UGCCGCAAAAUGAAAAAUGUCAACUCAUUUAUAAUCAAUAUGGUUGACAAUUUGCGGGUGCUUGAUUUACAAUUUCAUGGUGCAUGAUCUUUUUUAUUGUUUGACAUAGAUAGGUGCUUAAGGUCAGACUGCUGCUCUCGUGAAGUAUGUCAUUGGUGGUUUUACUUCUGCUAGCAUUGCUAUUUGGUGGACCUGCUCACAACUUGUGUCUAGCAUGGUAUUGAUAGUUCUUGGUAUCUGAAGAUACAAGUAACAGCAAAUUACUAGCCUCAGAAUUCUCAAAUUAAUGUUAUAGCAUACUAUCUAGUGCAAAUUGAUAGCUUGCUGUGGCAAAAUGUGAGUCAAAUUGAUGCACAAUUGAUGAUUUUUUUGCCCAUGUGUAGAAGUUUACCUAAAAAACCAUGAAAUAGCGAGGGCAGAUGCACUAGUAAUUGUAAGGAACAUUAUGGACAGUACAUUCUCCUUUGUUGGAGGUGCUAAUAAUUGAAAAUGAGUUAUGGGACAAACUGAAAAGGAAAAGGUUCAUUUUUGCAUGCUCUAGUAAGUUUUUCACCGAAAACUUUUGUACCGUUUAAAAAUACAUCAACCAACUUUUGAAAUUGUUGAAGAGGCGAAAAUGAUGAGGAUGUUGGCAGACAAGAACAGGUCUAGCCUUCUAGUAAGCGAAAUGGUCGGGUAGGGGAGGAUGGUGAAGGCCAGUGUUCUUCGGCCAUGGAGAAAAUUAAGGAGGUUUGGGGGAAAAGGAGCAUGGAGGCAAGGAAUGUCUCCUGAUGCAAGUGAAUUUGAAUGGAGUGCUCUAUGGCGGUUGUCGACAACGUGUGUAACACAAUGGCGGCGCUUCUCAGGAAUGGGGAAGCUGAGAAGGGGGCAAGAGAGAAAGGAUUUUGUGAUGGAAGGAGAUAAAGAGACGAUGUCAGCAGUGGUGAAUCUGUGUUGGUGGUGCUAGAAGAGAGGUUGAGGAAAUACCACUGGUAGAGACGGAAGCAAUGCACCGUGUGAGCUUAACUGUGGUUGUCACAUUAGGACCAUGGGAGAUGGAAAAGGCACAAGAUAGCGCCAUCUAGGCUAAGAAGUAAAUGGUGAGAAUCUGGAGAAGUUAGGAGGUUACUAGUUUGUUUUCUGGAUUCUGUAGUUACUAAGUCUUGAAAUUUGGACUUAUCUAGACUGUUUGGGGUUGGAGAUUAUGAGAGUAGCUGCAGCGGUUAGAAGCUUCUUCAAACAAGGGCAUUCAAGUUACCACCUAUGUAAGCAAAAUCCAUCUUGGUUUUCAUGGAAGAGGUUUUCUAAAAUGGUUUUGGAAUUGUUAUAGGUAUAGGUGGCACCAGGAUACGCCAGGUGAAUUCAUCUGUAGCUAUGGUUCAGGAAACGUGAGUUGGCAACAGCUGAUAGGCCAAAAGUCUGCUCAUAUUGAAGUAUGUACGGUACAUGCAAUGCAGUAGAAAGAAAAUCUUUUUUCUGCAACCAUGCCCUGUCUGUAUCCUGUCCGGACUGCGCUGCGGCUAUAUAUACAGCACCAUGGCAACAGAGAUGAGGAAACUAACAGAGCACACAGCGAUCCCCUCUGCUCUCUCUCCGGAGUCAACCCAUCCUCAAUCUUCCCAAGCUUGAGGAAAAAAGAUCAUCAUGGCGGGAUCGCAGCUCAACGUUUUGGUCAAGCUCGACCAGGCCAAGACGCAAUGGUACCAUUUCAUGGCGAUCGUCAUCGCCGGGAUGGGGUUCUUCACAGACGCCUACGACCUCUUUUGCAUCGCGCUGGUCACCAAGCUGUUGGGUCGCCUUUACUACACCGACAUCACCAAGCCCAACCCAGGGACACUCCCGCCCAACGUGUCGUCCGCCGUCACCGGCGUCGCGCUCUGCGGCACGCUCGCCGGCCAGCUCUUCUUCGGAUGGCUCGGCGACAAGCUCGGCCGCAAGAGCGUCUAUGGAUUCACGCUCAUCCUCAUGGUCGUGUGCUCCAUCGCCUCCGGUCUCUCGUUUGGCCACACGCCCAAGAGCGUGAUUGCCACGCUCUGCUUCUUCCGCUUCUGGCUCGGCUUCGGCAUCGGCGGCGACUACCCGCUCAGCGCCACCAUCAUGUCGGAGUACGCGAGCAAGAAGACCCGCGGGGCCUUCAUCGCCGCCGUGUUCGCCAUGCAGGGGUUCGGGAUCCUCUUCGGCGCCAUCGUCGCGCUCGUCGUCUCGGCCGGCUUCCGUCACGCGUACCCGGCGCCGUCGUACGCCCAGAACCCCGCCGCGUCGCUCGCGCCGCAGGCUGACUACACGUGGCGGCUCAUCCUCAUGUUCGGCACCAUCCCGGCUGGGCUCACCUACUACUGGCGCAUGAAAAUGCCCGAGACGGCGCGGUACACGGCGCUCGUCGCCCGCAACGCCAAGCAGGCGGCGGCUGACAUGUCCAAGGUGCUCCACGCCGAGAUCGAGGAGCGGCCGGAGGUGGUCGAGAGCCAGGUGGUCGCCGGGGAGACCUGGGGCCUCUUCUCACGGCAGUUCAUGAAGCGCCACGGGAUGCACCUCCUGGCGACCACCAGCACGUGGUUCCUGCUCGACAUCGCCUUCUACAGCCAGAACCUGUUCCAGAAGGACAUCUUCAGCAAGGUCGGGUGGAUACCGCCGGCGAAGACCAUGAACGCGCUCGAGGAACUCUACCGCAUCUCCCGCGCCCAGGCACUCAUCGCACUCUGCGGAACCAUCCCGGGCUACUGGUUCACCGUCGCCUUCAUCGACAUCGUCGGCAGGUUCUGGAUCCAGAUCAUGGGCUUCUUCAUGAUGACCGUGUUCAUGCUCGCGCUCGGCGUGCCCUACGACCACUGGACGCACCCGGCGCACCACACCGGCUUCGUCGUGCUCUACGCACUCACCUUCUUCUUCGCCAACUUCGGGCCCAACAGCACCACCUUCAUCGUGCCGGCUGAGAUCUUCCCGGCGAGGCUCCGGUCGACGUGCCACGGCAUCUCCGCCGCGUCCGGCAAGGCCGGCGCGAUCAUCGGCGCGUUCGGGUUCCUGUACGCUGCGCAGGACCAGCACAAUCCCGACGCGGGAUACUCCCGCGGCAUCGGCAUCCGGAACGCGCUCUUCGUGCUCGCCGGCACAAACUUCCUCGGUAUGCUCAUGACGCUGCUGGUGCCGGAGUCCAAGGGCUUGUCGCUGGAGGAGAUGUCCAAGGACAACGUCGUCGACGAGACCGCCCAAGAAGCGAUCGCCCAAGCGUGAUGUCAUAAACAUGCCGUCUCGACGUGAGUGACUGAAAAAAAAUGUAUGCUUUAUUACUCUAUUGGUGUGAUUACUUAAUCUAGUUUUGUAUACUUUUGUAGUGUCUCUCCUUUUACAGUUGUGGAUUUGUGGGGUUUCUCUUUCUUUCUUUUUUUUUGGUUGAAACAAUUAAACUUGUUUGUGAGAUUUUGUGAACUUUCCCUGCAACUGAUAUAAAUGGCAUACAUUCAUUUCAAUUGUA